UGCCGUGUGCCCAUUUGUGCGGUUCAAACAGGUGUCUAGAAGGACUGGGGAAAUGUGGACUCUGGGCGCUGCGUAGCGUCGCUCAUGAGUCGCCGGCCUUUAUUAGCCUCAUGCUUAUUUCGUCUCUGCCUCGUCAAUGCCGGUGCCCUGCGUCUCCCAGCCCGGGAUACUACUAGUAGCACUUGGGUCUCAAGUUUAGAUUACAGACGGGCUCGUGCGCGUUCAAGCAAUCUGGGCACGCACACGGACAGCCCUGAGAUGAGCGGCUGGACAUGUAGAUUCAUUACCCUGUCAGUAAGUGCAGCGAGAUCCGAGAGGCUCCUCCCGUCGUCUGGCCCACACCGACGGUCCCAGCGACUGCAGAGCAAUCAUGGCGCCGGAGCCGGGAGCCUGAGCGCUGGCCCUGGCGUUGACUUGACCCGGGAACCCGGCAUGCAGCCAUUUAGCCUAUUUGGCGCAGUCAACCAGAGGCGCCGGCUAAUAUCGUCGACAGAGGGCCCACUCGGCUCCUGUUUCGGUGUCUGUCGGCCUUUGCACACCUCGGUGACUGCCCGAGUCCAAGUCUCGGCCCUUGGCGUGGGAUUUCCUGCAUAUCUCUACGUAGUACCGAAGGUUUAUGUGAAGCUGCCAGGAUUCUAGGACAAGAUUGCGCUGGUAGAGUUUAGGUCAAUAUUUCCACGUGUCCUGGCUGCCCUACGGACUACCUUGAUGGACGUCAGCAAUCCGGCAUUGAACCUUAAUCGUCCCGGGUUCCGACUCUGACUCACUCACCUCAGUCUCUCAUCUUCAACCUACAGCCGGGCUCUUCUUCACCAUCAUCCAAACAACCUAGAAACUGUAUUUCAUUUCUUCAUCAAUUAGUUAUGUACCCUAGAAAGGAAGGUAGUUAGAAUGUAAGGUGUAUAAUCCUCGUCAUGAAUAAGCGCCAAGCAGAAGCAGUAAUUACAUCUAGGUAGCCCCUUAUAUAUACUCCGCGCC